UUGACGAGAUGCUCAACCAGGUCACUGCCGUACGUGCUCGCAUUCCUCUCUCCUCGGUGAAGCGACGUGCUCUCGCUUCGCACUUACUUCUCCCGACGGUCAAACGCGCCAUUACAUCGUACCACUCACUAGAAGUGCUUUUCUAUUUAAACCUCCCGUUUUCCACUGCCAGAACUCUCACCAAAACACGCCAUUAAUUACUGGAGCCCUGACAGCCUUCGCCCCGGUGUUUGGCGUGUGGCGCUGUUGAUUGAACCGUCGGACUAGGCUUGAUAAAUGGCGUUAUUGCGUGUAUUUAGGCUGUCAGAGGGGAGGUGGGGAGUCUCUCUGCUCGGACUCUGCACAGCCUCCUGCCAGACCGAUAGCUGGAGGCAUGCCAGACAUGGAAAGGGGUGGGCCUCUGCAGUUUGAGGAGAUUUCUUGGAGGAAUUUAGUGGGGAUCUAGGGGGCAGAGAGAGAUUUACGAAUUGAUAGGUGGUCGCGUUUUGUUUGGCCGCACAUCUUUGCGCCAGAGGACUCUGGAGCAUUGAGUUUCCUUCUCUUAAAGGAUUAGUCCUCACGAUGGCCACCAAGAGACUAAGGAGGGGUCGCUAUCCUGGCGACACACAGCUGGUGGCUUCACCCAGGAGCGCGUUCUUCGAGCAGAGCAGAGUUGUGGCGCACUGACCUCGGCCGCCUAGAACAGUCACUGGCUUUUAAAAGAGAUUUGCUUGGAGUACACAGAGUUUUCUCCUUUAUUUUUAGUUCUGACUCUACUUUUGAAAAUUAAACCCGUCUUUUAUACAGCCGUUCAGCUCCCUUCGGGCUCCAAGGCUUCGCGAUGACGACCGAGAGCUCUCAGCAGCAGCUGGACCCGCCGGCUCCCAUCAGAUCCAGCCCCGCAUCCAGUGCCAUGCACUCGGCGCUUCAGAGCACGCAGCCCGCGGUGGAGAGCACAGCUGCGACCGGCACCAAGGGCAAGAAGUCCAACUCGGGCAUGAGACGACCCGAAAAACCGCCGUACUCCUAUAUCGCCCUCAUAGUCAUGGCGAUACAGAGCUCUCCGACCAAAAGGUUAACGCUGAGCGAAAUCUAUCAGUUCCUCCAAGCGCGUUUCCCGUUUUUCAGGGGUUCCUACCAAGGCUGGAAAAAUUCCGUCAGACACAAUUUGUCUCUCAACGAGUGCUUCAUCAAACUUCCCAAAGGCCUCGGGCGACCGGGCAAAGGCCACUACUGGACCAUCGACCCCGGGAGCGAGUUCAUGUUCGAGGAGGGCUCUUUCCGACGCAGGCCCCGUGGUUUCCGAAGGAAAUGCCAGGCUCUCAAACCGAUGUACCGCAUGAUGAACGGCAUCGGCUUCGGCGCUUCGAUGCUGCCCCAAAACUUCGACUUCCAGUCGCCCUCCGCGUCCCUGGCCUGCCACACCAACAGCUACAACCUGGACAUGAUGAGCAACCCUGUGCCCGGCGUUCACACGGGUUACGAUGGCCUCAGCACAGCAGGUCAUCAUGUCUCACACAUGUCGCCCAGCUCGGGCUCUACAUACAUGACGGCAUGCCAAGUCGCUCCCAACGGCGAGUACGGCCCGGAAAACAGCAACAGUCCGCUGCACUCUCCGCCGGCCAUGAGCGGCUCUCUGGAGUGUCACUCUCCGUACGGAGCCGCCUCGGCGCACUGGGCUUCUUCAGGUGUGUCUCCUUACAUUAAACAGCAGCCGCUGGCCUCCAGCAGCCCAAACUCCUCCGGAUUACACUCCAGCAUGCCCCCUUAUUCUCUGGAGCAGGGCUAUCUGCAUCACAACGGCCGAGAGUCGGCAGACAUCUCAGCAGGAAUGUCUCGAUACCAGUCCCACUCAUCGCCAGUCUGUGACAGAAAAGACUUUGUGCUGAACUUCAACGGUAUAACGUCGUUUCAUCCAUCCAGCAGUGGAUCCUACUAUCAUCAUCAGCUGCAUCACCAAGGAGUCUGUCAAGAUGUAAAGCCAUGCAUCAUGUAAUUUAAACCACGACAAUCAGAAAAUAAUAAUAAUAGUCUAAUAAUAAAGCCGAACGUACGGACUGAACUCGCACAUGACGAGAUUGCGUGCGUUUGAUGCACGGUCAUCUAUGAAGAAUAACUACAACCAAUGGAAGGCGUUCAUCUCUCCGUAUUACUGAGAGAAACUAUGAAGAAAGACACGAACUGAUCGGAACUGAGGACUCCACAGGGAAGGAAAGCGUUUGGGCUUUUUUUUUUUUUUUGGAAAGAUCAUGACAUAUAUUUACUAUCUUGGAAAGACCUCGAAGCGUCUGCAAAUGAGGAGACGUGAUCUUUAACAAAGCUGUUUAUCCAGUCCAUAAUUAAUAGCCAAGUCUUUUGUUUGAUUUGACCACAUUUUCAGUGAGGAUGAGAGGGGAAAGGGCUCGGUGCCUGAGCAUUUCAAGCCGUAGUGAAAUUAAACCUGUUUUUUCUCGAUGCACUCAGAAACAUCGCGAGAUUCAGAAAUCUGAGCUCAGUCGCGUGGGAAUCGAUGCAUGUCACAAACCCACUUAAUUACUAAAUAUCUUAUUUGUCUAAACCUUAUGUGUGUUUCUUUUUGACGGCUCUUCAGUGAUUCCACCUCUUAUAUUUUCAGGGGUGAGUGUGUAGGUCUGGGGAUAAUUCAUGUGUAAAAGGAAAGAGGCCUACACAAAUACCGUAUUAGAAUAAUAAUGAUUGCACUUUUGUUAGUUUAACAAGUUGACAAAUUACAGUUAUGUACAGUACAAUAAAACGAUGUAUUCUCAAAAAGGGUGUAAUUUUUUACUAUUCUUUUUUUUUAUUGCUUAACCAUGCUUAACCAUUUUUUUUAUUUUACAUAAACACGCGCAAGACUAUUUUACUGUAACUGGUUUGAAAAUAAUAAUAGUAAUAAUAAUAAUAUAGCCUAAUUAUUAAAUUCAGUUUACCAGCUACUCUGGAAAUAUAUGAAACUCCCCCAAAAUUGUGCUUACAAACUUUAUAUUUUUAUUUUUGGUGGAAAAUAAAUAAAUAAAUAAUCGGUCAAAUAUUUUAGAUUCAAAUACACGCAUUUAGGCAAUUGUCUGUGAAAAUGUCUAUUUUAGAAAUUAGCAUAACCCGCUUCUUCGAUCAAAUACACGCUCUUCAAAAGACAAGAACGCGUCCUUAUUAGGCUACAUCAGCAAAAACAAACACGUAAUAGCCUAUGUGCAAAUAAACAGAGAUAAUAAAAGAUUGAAAUUGCAAAGAAAACCAGACUUUUUACCAUCACAUUUUAUGCUCAAUAAUCCCAGAGGUUUUUGUAACUCGUAAAACUCCAUCGAAAUCAUCGGCGCACUUAUAACACGCCGUUUUAUAUGCAUUCUAGAGCCCUCUAAAUCAAGCAUACAAAUAAUAAAUAGAAUAAUAAUACAUUUCAUAUUUCUCAUUGAAAUCUGAAAUUAAAUAAAAUAUAAACUGUCGAAACACGUUAUAUACCGACUCCCAUGAAAUCAAUGAAAGUCAAAUAAAAGUAGGCUAUGGGGCAUCUCUUAGCAGAAUCUGAGGAUUAUUGGAAUUAUGAACGAGCUGAAUGAAUAGAGAAAGUCAUCAAGCGUGCCGAGGUUAGCUCAGUUUAACCUCUAGUGCUCAGCUGAAGGCCUUCGCUUCACCACCGGCUCAAUUUAACGAUUAAACACGGUGCAAUGUCGCCAUCUACCGCUACACCAAACCUGUGCCUGUGUAGAAUCCUUAGGGAUUUUAUUAUUUAUUGUUUUAAAUGCGUAUGGUUGCAUUACUUCCUCUCAAAAUAAUACAAAACUAAAACAGAACUUCUUACUAACAGCAAACAGAUUUUAUUCAUGGUCAAAUAAUAAUAACACCCCAGUGUCUUGAAGGAAGAAUUCCAACCAUGAAAUUCCAUCUUUAAAAACAGUAGGCCUAAAGAUAAUUAACAUAUUCUACAUUAAUUUAAAUUUGUAUAUUACAUUAGUAUAUUGCAAUAAACAUUCAUGUCUUAACAUGCCUAAAGUGAUUGUAAUAUUGUCAACUAAAAUAAAAAGAUUGUUUUUACAAUAUUA